AUGGCCAUCGCCAUGCGGAGCAUCACAAUCAUAUUACUAUUGGCGUUAUCCGAUGCUCAGCCACAUGAGCGGAUAGAAGAGCUGAAUGCUAGGCGCCAUGACGCCAAGCAACCCCCCGGAAUUCCCAGGUUUUUAGCCUCGACCCGGCCGACGGCUCCAUUCUCGUCCGCUGGAGGCUCCACCCACAUCGUCAAGGUCCGCACCGACGAGCGAACGAAUGACCACUGGAGCGACCCGUUGUUGAUUACCGUACACCAAAAGACAAGUAUCCAAGGCGUUCGAGUGACGGACGAGCAGCUUCUACCCCCUCUCAACUUCAAGGCGACCAUCAAGGACCCACAUGCCGUCAAACUGGAGUGGGAGCCGGCUGGGCAAGAUCCAAGCAUCUUCUACCUGGUACACGUCAAGCAGACGACUUCGAGAAGUGGGGUGCCACUGCAUAGACAGCAGAUAAAAACAGCUGCCACCAGUUUCGAGCUGGGCGGCCUAGAGGGUGGUGCACGGUACGAGUUGGCCGUAAGGAGCGCUGUACCCUCAAAAAUCUCCCAUACUGCUGCGAUUGUGGACAUCAGCAUGCCCAGGGAAGACGACUAUUUCGAAAUCGGCAACUUGAUGAUCCACUCAAGUUUCCUGCAAGACGGCCGGGGUACUGUCAAUUUGACUUGGACGGUUCCUCAGCAGAUGCGAAAUCGGAUUCGAGACUACAACAUUAAAUACCGUCAAAAAGGCGCCCAACAUUGGCAACAAGUGAAAUUCGGUGGCGAGCGCCCCUUCGCCAGCCUCGACGAUUUGACCAGCAACACAGAAUAUGAGCUCGAGAUCAAGACCCAGCUCGACAGCGGGCUGAUUAGCGAGAGUGCCCAAUUUUCCUUCAGAACUCCGCAAGUAGACUACAACCCGAUCGACAAAGUCGACAUCCUGUCCUCGCAUGACGUCAACAGCAUCCAGAUCCAGUGGCUGUUGAAAAGUGAAAUCGACAAGUCUCAAGUUGUCGGCUAUGAUGUGUAUCUGAAUGAGGAUCAGAACGCUCCAACGCACACCUGGCGUCGGCUGUACGUCGAGAAUGUUGAAGGGAACCUGGCUAUUCCAGGACUACAAUCUACAACGAGCUACUACGUCAAAAUCGACGUUAGGAUGAGGGACGGAAGGGUUGUAAAAUCACCUACCACUUAUAAAUUCACGACCGUCGAUUGGCGACACUUGUCACACCGACCCUACCCACGCACGAACCCGUUCUUGCAC